GAAUAUAUCUAUCGACAUCUGGACUGGUCUCCUGCACAUCUGCGGUUUCGUCCUCCGUGGUCGCCCCCGCGGCGACACCCGGUGCAUCGCCAUGUUUCGUCGUCGGAAGAGCUCCUCACAUCACCGGCAUUCACUAUCCCCAUCCAAUACCCAGUCCGCCCAUUCCGCCGCCUCCCACGCCUUUCUCAAUUCCCAACCCUCCUCCAGCAGCUUGUCCUCCGCCGCAGCCGCCACAGCCCUGCGCAAUCGCACUCCGACCCCGACCCGCGUGGAAAAUGUCGAGACCAAACGCAUGGUCCAGCGUCGCUCGUCCUCCUCCUCCCAGCACUUGGCCAGCCCGAGUCUGUUGCGCCCCGCAAGUCGCCAGGACCUCCGUCGGACGCGCAGCUCGGGGUCCAUGACCACCCGGACCUUUCGGGACCAGUCGCCGCACCGCCCCUCGUCCACCACACUUCCGCGACGCCCGACACCACCGAUCCCGUCCAUCCCGUCCGAGUAUACAUCGCGCAGUCAUCCGAAUGGGCGAUCCUACAGUAUGGGUCCCACCGUGCGGCCCCCAUCGCCCGUCGUGGAUACUUGGCGGGGGAUGAGCGUCGAUCGGGGGCGGAGGGGAUCGUCGAAUGGGGUUCCGGAGCUGCAACGGCCGGAGAGCAGGACUUCCAUCAAUUUCUCAUACCCCCUGAAUUCGCGACCUACCUCGCCGACCGACCCUCCGCCGGUGACAACCUACGAGCGGCGGGACGCGGCGUCUGGCGCUUCACUGGCCGCCCGGGUGUCAAGUGCGCCGCUUCCUCAGAGCCAACAAGUUGCCAGGCAGCCGGUCAACACGUCGCCCGGCGGGAUAGCGAAGGAAAGAUUCGUCAGUCCCGGCCGAGGGACGACCCCUGUGGGUGGUACGGCAAUUGCCGCUGCUCAGGCGGCGAUCGUCCCCCGCAAUGAUGAACAUACCCCCCCAGCCCCCAUGGUUCGGAGCGUAGCGCCGCCUGCAGAGCGUGGGGCUCGGGUCCCUCAAUCUAAGCUGGCGAAGGUCCCUGAUCGCAAACCGUGCCCCUAUUCCGGUCCGACCUUAUCACCGCCAACAGUGCCAGAAGACCACCGGGAAGACGAACGUUCCCUCCAGAGCGACACGGAAGACAAAACGAGUACCCCUCCACCGGUGGGACUGGCGUCCCCGGAACCCCCGGCAGGCGCAAAACUGCCAGAGACGCCUGAACGGCGACAGCAAUCAGGAUCGUCACCUCUCAGCUCGCCCGAGUCUCACCGUUCGCCGGUUCCGACCCAUCCACUAUCGCCGCCUACCUCGCAGCCCACGAGUAGCCCAGAGCGCCUUACCCGCUUCUCCGACCAUCUGUUGGUCGGGGGUCUAGCGACCGAAAACCUGCACCGUCCCCCGCCUCGAUCGGUGUCGCCCGUCAAGUCCGCGAUGAAGGAUUCGCGGAAGAACGCGUUCUCCUCGGACGGGAUAACGGGGGCUACAGCACGCCCUGGUCCAGCCAUGAGCGAGGGCUCCGACGGGACCUCUAUAGCUUCGGAUGAUGGCGUCCGCGCAGGAAUAAUCCGCAGGAAGCCAGUGAAAGUCAGCUUCGACGACGAAGCAGAGAUCAUGGGAGUGGCCGCGAGCCCCCCGACUUCCCCGGAGGACGUCUGCCCGGAUUCCCCAGGGCGGUCUAAAUUGAAAACGGGCUGGUUUGGGGCGAACAGAAGGAGGACUGGCCCGUCGGCGCUGGCGGACGAGUUCACUGAGAUGCUCAAACCCCGACGCGCUCUGCCUUCUUUCGGCAGCGUUCGACGAGACCGAGAGGGAGACCAGUAUGCGGGCCCGCCUGUCCAUGAGGAAAGCGAUAAUGAGUCUACGAGUUCGUCUGAGCUCGAUGAGGUGCGGGACACCUCGACUGAACCUGCCGUCUGGGGCAUCAUGCCAAACGCUCCGAUGCAGCCGCUGAGGCAGACGCAGCUGAAUCGCGUGCCGUCACCUGUUCCUGAGGACUCUUCUGAGGUCUCCUCAAAGCCAAGCCUGUCCAAAGAAAAUAGCCCAGUCACGGGCGCGGGCGAGGCGAGGGCCCCUGCGGAACAGACGGCCACAAAUGGUCAUCCCAAGCCGCCACGCACGCCUCAAUCGGGCCUGGACAUCCCUGGAAUCGCCAUCCAGCCCGCCACUCCCGAAUUCAAGAAUGAGCGGGCGAGUCUCGAGUGGUAUGACGUGCCCGGAGGGUUUCCCCGCACGUCGGUGGAGAUGGACCGGGGCAGACACAACAACCCGAGACGAUCCCUUGAAAAGAGCGUCACAUUUCCGUCUGAAGGGGCAGAAAGUGAUGACGAGUCUGGAGAGAGUGUUUACAGCGAUGCGGAGGAAACCUUUGACGGCAAUGGCUUCGGCUCCAUCAACGCUAUCGUGGACACGCGCCGGCCUCAGCACCGGUCGGAGGGCCCUACAGACCGGAACCCGCUGAGGCAGCAGCCCGAAGAGAUGCCUGAGGUCCCCGAACCCUGUCAGAUAGCACGUGUGGUGACUCCAGCGGAGGGUGCGAAUGUCCCGCGCUCAUUCUCACCCGAUUCCCCGCACCGCCUCCGCCCGUUUUCGUCGGCCUACCCGCCUUUCCCCACACGGCCCAGCGGCAAGGUCCGUUCCACGCCCGGGGAUGGGACAAUUACGGGGCCACCGAGACGGUCUAUGUCGGCCGACGCCCGGCGGCAUGCAGAUGACGACGCCUCGGUGCAGCCUACCGCGCGUCAGCUUGCAGGACCACGAGGAAGAGGGAGACCUGUCUCGUGGGGCCCUGUCUCUCUGGCUGGGCCUGCGGGUCGGGAGCAGAUGCACAGUCCGCUCCAGCGCGUGCCAUCCAACGGCAGCGAUUCGUCCAGUAGCUUCAAGCGAUCGCGCCGCGCGACUCACAGCCCGCACCAUAGCAUGCGGCGGACCUUGCGGACCCCUCCGACAGAGACACCGUCCACACCCAAACACCAGACGCCGAUGCCGUUAUCCCACCGCUCCUCCACGCUUACCCGACCAAUAUCAUCGGGGUCGAUCUCAGGGUCAGGCACCUUACGUGCAACACUACGAGGCCAAACCCCUCGGCGAGAAAAGCGAUCCCUCUUUUCCAAAGGAAAGCUCCCCAGUAUCAAAAAUUCCAAGCCAUCCAGCGUACCCUUCACAUCCCGCUUCGCCGACUCCGACUCCGACACAGGCGGCCACGCAUACCCACGACUAGGGCGCAAAGUAUCCCGACGGUUUGAGGACGUCGAAGGUCGCGCCACAGACGAUCUCCGCCCGGUGCGUGGGAUUCCCCGCCGCUUCGACGAUGGCGACUCGACCGAGCUAGAAGACAGCUCGGACAACGAGUCACGAGCCGCCCGGCCCCAGAAGCCACGCGCGGUAGCAAACAAGGCCGCAGACCCCAGCGCGUCUCAGCAGCCUGCCCUCGCAGCCGUUGCCAAGUCCCGCGGUAUGACGGAGUCGCAGCUUGAGGAGUUCCUCCGACAGCCUGUGAGCGGCCGCAAGCCUAGCCUGCUCCACCGGUUUAGCAUCCGCAAGUCGAAGUCUCCGGCUAGGGGUGGUCUCCAGUCGAGUGUGGAUGCCCCGCCAGUACUGGAGUCGGCUCCGGUCGGCGGGGUCACUACGACGAUCACCGCGAAUGAUGGCGUCGCCGCCCCAACCCCCCGACUUCUCAAGAAGAGAUCCUCCAAGUCGGCGACCGACGAGGGGAGCGGCAGCGGCUGGCCUCUGCGGCCCCCGCCGGUGGAGGGAAGCACUUCUGCGUCUACUAACGGCCGGCCGCGGACGGCAGAUGGAACUGUCGGUGCGGGAGUACCAGGACCAGCAUCUGCACCGGAACCAGCGGCCAGCCAUGCACUGGACGUGGGAUUUGCAAGGGGGCGGAAGAGCCGGUUUCCGCGGUUGCGGAGGGCGUUUGGGUUGUAAUUUUUUUCUUCUUCUUCUUCCUUCAUUCUUCAUUCUUCAUUAUUACUUUCUUUAUUAUUUAUGUUUUUUGUUUUUAUUUAUUGGGAUUAAUCUA